AUGUCCAGCACCAUCAAAACCAGCGCAGGCACCCAGCCUAUCGACCCCUACAAAGCCAAAAACUACGAAAACCCGCCCUUGCAGGAGAAGGUCGACGACCUCGUCAAGUUCAUCAACGAGGUCAAGUACGGCAUGCUGACGACCAAGGCGUCUGACAGCGAUCUGCUGACGUCGAGGUGUAUGGCGUUGGCGGGGACGGAAAACGGCGGAAUCGACCUAAUCUUCCACACGAACCUCUUCUCGGGCAAAACGAUGGAUCUCACCGUGCACCCGACCGAGACGAACAUGUCCUUUCUCGACCCUACUUCCGGGUCCUGGGCCUCCGUGUCCGGCACCGCCUCCAUCCUCGCUGACCAGGGCACCGUCCACAAGUACUACUCUCCGGCCUUGAAGGCCUGGCUGGGCGAUCUGGGCGAUGGCAUCCACGACGGCGGGCCCACGGACCCCCGUAUCGGCGUCAUUCGUGUAGAGGCCAAGUCGGCUAUCUAUUCCAUUGCCCGGAAGGGCAUCAUUGGCAGGGCGGUUGAGACAGGUAAAGCUGUAGCUACGGGGGAUACGCCGGCCGUCAAUAAGAUCAGGGAGCUGAAUGAGGAGGAAUUGGCUGAGUGUGAGUUUCCUCUUUUUGCGCCUUUCGUUCUGUUUUGA